AUGGGAGGUAGUGAGAAUGAUGUGGAGAAUUGGUUGGUGAGGAACUCAUGGGAAAGUGAUUGGGGUGAAGAUGUGGCUACAUCAAGAUACAGCGCAACUUGCAAAGCACUUUCAUUGCCAAGUGGAAUUGCCAUCAAUGAAGAUGAAGAGAAGUCAGCAGAGUCUGAAUGGGUGAUCUCCAUGAAUGAAAAACUAGAACAGGCUAAUCAAGACGAUGCAGCGAGUUCAUGGGCCAAACUAUCAAUAUACAAAAUCCCUCACUACAUAAGAGAUGGUGGCGAUGACAAAGCUUUUGCACCACAAAUUGUGUCAUUAGGACCUUACCACCAUGGCAAAAGGCGCCUUCGCCAAAUGGACCGCCACAAAUGGCGUUCCCUUAAUCGUGUCCUUAAGCGUACCAAGCAGGACAUUAGGCUUUAUCUUGAUUCAAUGAAAGAGAUAGAAGAGAAAGCUCGCGCCUGUUAUGAAGGGCCAAUCAGUUUGAGCAGCAAUGAGUUUGUGGAGAUGUUGGUUCUUGAUGGUUGUUUUGUCCUUGAGCUAUUUAGAGGAGCUACUGAAGGGUUCACACAACUCGGCUAUUCUAGGAACGAUCCGGUUUUCGCAAUGCGUGGAUCGAUGCAUUCCAUUCAGAGAGACAUGAUCAUGCUAGAAAAUCAGCUUCCCUUGUUUGUGCUAGACCGCCUUCUAGGAAUUCAACUAGGUAACCCUGACCUGAAAGGACUUGUUGCCAAUCUAGCACUCAGAUUCUUUGACCCUUUGAUGCCAACAGAUGAGCCAUUAACAAAAAGUGACAGAAACAAAUUGGCAUCGUCGCUUAGAAGCACUGAUACCUUUGAUCCUUUAUCUGAUCAAGGUGGUCUUCACUGCCUUGAUGUGUUCAGGAGAAGUCUCUUGCGCACAGGGCCUCAACCAGCACCAAGAAUUUGGAUCAAACGCAGGUCUAAUAAUAGAGUUGCUGACAAACGGCGCCAGCAACUGAUACAUUGUGUCACAGAGCUUAAGGAGGCUGGAAUCACAUUCAAGAAGAGGAAGACCGACCGCUUCUGGGACAUCAAAUUCAAGGAUGGUAUUCUGAGAAUGCCACGGCUCUUGAUCCACGAUGGCACAAAGUCUUUGUUCCUCAACCUCAUUGCCUUUGAGCAGUGCCAUCUAGAUUGUAGCAAUGACAUUACUUCUUAUGUGAUCUUCAUGGACAACUUGAUCAACUCUCCAGGGGACGUAGGGUACCUUCAUUACUGUGGGAUAAUUGAGCACUGGCUUGGAAGUGAUGCUGAAGUAGCCGACCUGUUUAAUCGCUUAUGCCAAGAGGUAGUAUUUGACAUCAAUAACAGUUACCUUUCACCAUUGUCAGAGGAUGUGAAUAGGUAUUACAACCACAGAUGGAACACUUGGUGUGCAAGCUUGAGACACAAUUAUUUCAGCAAUCCUUGGGCCAUUAUUUCUUUGGUUGCUGCUGUUGUAUUGUUGCUGCUCACCUUUGCACAAACAUAUUAUACUAUAUAUGGAUAUUACAGACCACCACAGUAAGUGUCAUUGCAGGGUCUUACAUUUUAUGUUUAUCAAUUCAUUUCUAGCAUUGUCCCCAUUUCUUAAGAGAGUGAGUAUGUGUGUUGGGAAGAUUGAAAUCUGAUUGAUUUGUGGCAGAGUGAGUAUUUGUGUUUGGCUAUUACAACCUCCAUUUGUGAUUAUUCACAUGCUUGGGAAACAAUGUUGGUUGAA